AUGGAUAUCAUAAAUAAAUUGGAUAAUAGUCUGGUUAUUGUCACAAACCGUGACGUUGGGGUGCUUAUAACUGGAAGGAUUACUGAUGGUUAUCGCUUGAAAGAAAUGGAUAAAGAUCAAGGGAGCGAACUCUUCUGUUGGCAUGCCUUUGACCAACCCAUGAAUCCUUCUAGCGGGUACGAGGAGCUGGUUAACUCCUUCGUAAACGUGUGUGGAGGGUUACCUCUGUCUCUUCAAGUUCUGGGCAGGCAUGUUCGUGGUAGAAAUGAGGAUUAUUGGAGAAAAAGAAUAGCUGAAAAAGUAUGGGAGGUGUCAGGAUGGAACUAUCAACAUGCACUGCAAACACUGAGAGACAAGUGUCUUUUAGAAGAAACAGAUAUAUAUUUGCGAAUGCAUGACCACCUGAGGGACUUGGGAAGAGAAAUGGCAUUUGAGCUCGGCCCUCCUCAUCGCCUGUGGCGUCAUCAAGAUCUGGAAUAUUUGGAAUCAAGGGGUUUCAGAAAAAUCCUCACCAAGACCAAUAUCAGGUGUUUCCAUUCCAUUUUUGACAAGUCCAUGAAUUCUCAAGUUACAUUCUUCUUCGGCCAAACAGUCAUUUGUGGUGAGACGUCAGCGUCCUUACUAUGGCUCGAGAUUAUGGCACCCUCCCAGUUGAAGAGUCUUGAUAUUACAAAAUGUGAGCAUUUGAAAAGUAUAUCAGGAAUAUCUAAUCUUGCAAAUCUUGUGCGGUUGAAUAUUAGUGUAUGCCCAAAGCUCAAAGAGCUAAGACUUGGUCAUCCUAGCAGUCUAGAAAAAGUUACUAUUAAAAAAUGUGUCAGGCAUAUCUAA